AGGUUUGAUUUAAAAAUGAACAUGUGUUUAACAAAUUUAUAAAAUAAAAAUCAGAGAAUAUCAUAAUGAUGAUGAUUAUUAGCUUAAUUAGUAAGGACACUCAAAAUAAUGAAAUAUAAACAACAUUAAUUAGAUUCUCAUUUGGAAACAUUUAGGAAAUGAAAACAUAAGUAUAAUAAUAGUUCUGCCAAAGAUAAAAGCAAUGAACCAGACAAAGUUCCAUUUAAACUUCAUUAG